GUGAGAGCAUAUAAAUAGCAUAGUCCUCUUCUCCUUUUCCACAUCACAUAUACACAACGCGCAAGAUCCAUCAUAUCAUCUUCUCUUCUCUUCAAUCCAAUGGCCGAUCAACUCACCGACGACCAGAUCGCCGAGUUCAAGGAAGCCUUCAGCCUCUUCGACAAGGACGGCGAUGGUUGUAUUACCACCAAGGAACUUGGGACCGUGAUGCGGUCACUUGGGCAAAACCCAACUGAGGCUGAGCUGCAGGACAUGAUAAAUGAGGUUGAUGCUGAUGGGAAUGGUACCAUUGAUUUCCCAGAAUUCCUGAACCUCAUGGCGAGGAAGAUGAAAGACACUGAUUCAGAGGAGGAGCUGAAGGAGGCCUUCCGCGUGUUUGACAAGGAUCAGAACGGUUUCAUCUCUGCUGCAGAGCUCCGCCAUGUGAUGACCAACCUUGGCGAGAAGCUGACCGACGAUGAGGUGGACGAGAUGAUCCGCGAGGCAGACGUUGACGGUGACGGGCAGAUCAACUAUGAGGAGUUUGUCAAAGUCAUGAUGGCCAAGUGAGGACCAACCAACCAUAACAAAAAAAUUUGAAAAGCACAUGAACAGAAAAAGGACAGGGCAGAUAAGUUUUGAUGAGAAUUCUAUUUUCAUUAGGACAAACUUCAUUUGGGGUCAUUAGUUUUUGUUGGUCGGGUUUGUUUGCUCUUAUUUUAAUUGGUAUUGCUCAUUAGUGUUUCUACUUCUACUUCUACUUGUGUGCUGUGUCCCUUUGUUUUAGUAGCUUCACCAUGCAUUUGUACUUCACUUGUCAUCUUUUUUGGGUUACUACUAUGAACCUCGAACAAUUGGUUGCAAUUUGUGCUUUUACAUGUGAGUGAGUGACUUAUACUGUUAAUACCAUCCUUAUGCUAUACAUGAUUGUUUGUGACCA